UUGCCCGUUUUGCGCGCAUAUAAGCCGUAACCUGUCGUUAUUUAUCGACUUCCUAGGGUUUGAGCCGCCGCGGUCAUCGAGCACCAGGAGCAGCACAGACUUCGCGAAUAUGCCGUCGCACAAGACGUUCAAGAUCAAGCAGAAGCUGGCGAAGAAGAUGCGCCAGAACCGCCCCAUCCCUCACUGGAUCCGCUUGAGGACCGGAAACACCAUCAGGUAUAACGCCAAGCGCAGGCACUGGCGUCGCACAAAGCUGGGAUUUUGAGGUUGUUAUACCAAUCUUUGGUUGCCUUUCUUAAAAGUUAGAUUUCCUUCUUAUCUGCUGGACUGUUUGUAUAAUUAUGGUUAAAUGAUCUGGAAGUGUAUCUUUGUUACUAUGUAUGAGAUUAUUUUGUUCUGCAGAUCAAUGUGAACAAUUGUUUGCUCAUUUGUUGACUUUAAGUUUCAUUGUUCUAAGUAAAACUUUGGUAGUGUGUUAUGCA